CGGGGGCCGGCCACUCGGAGCAGCUCCGCCGCGGGGACUGCACCGCCCGCCCUGCCGGACCCGCCCCGACCGGGGCUCGCCGCCCUCAGCAGCCGCAGCACCGCGACCUCGGGCCCCGCGCUGGCUAUGGCUGUGCCCUGGGGCUGAGCGCGCAGGCUGUGUGACCGAGAUUCCCAAGAGAGAGACGCUCCGAGGAGAGGAGAGGAAGGAGGGGCGGGCUUCUGGCAAGGCAUCCGCUCCUGAACCACGUCCUGCGAAGAUGGAGAAGGAGGAAGAGACGACCCGGGAGCUGCUGCUGCCCAACUGGCAGGGCAGUGGCUCCCACGGGCUGACCAUCACCCAGAGGGACGACGGCGUCUUUGUGCAGGAGGUGAUGCAGAACUCCCCUGCGGCCCGCACUGGGGUGGUCAAGGAGGGGGACCAGAUUGUGGGUGCCACCAUCUACUUUGACAACCUGCAGUCGGGAGAGGUGACCCAGCUGCUGAACACCAUGGGGCACCACACCGUGGGCCUGAAGCUGCAUCGCAAGGGGGACCGUUCCCCUGAGCCUGGCCAGACCUGGACCCACGAAGUCUUCAGCUCCCACAGCUCUGAAGUGGUUCUGAGCGGGGAUGACGAGGAGUACCAGCGCAUCUACGCCACGAAGAUCAAGCCUCGGCUGAAGUCAGAGGAUGGAGUGGAAGGGGAACCUGGGGAGACUCAGAGCCGCACCAUCACGGUGACUAGGAGGGUCACAGCCUACACCGUGGAUGUGACAAGCCGCGAAGGAGCCAAGGACAUCGACAUCAGCAGCCCUGAGUUCAAGAUCAAGAUUCCACGGCACGAACUGACUGAAAUCUCCACUGUGGAUGUGGAGACCCAGCCUGGGAAGACAGUGAUCAGACUGCCCUCGGGCUCGGGGGCACUGUCCCCCACCACAGGCUCCACUGUGGACAUCCAAGCAGGGUCCAUUUCCACUUCAGGACCAGAGCUCCAAGGUGCUGGCCACUCGAAGGUCCAGGUCACCGUGCCUGGGAUAAAGGUGGGAAGCCCGGGUGUUAGUGUCAGUGCAAAGGGCUUGGACUUAGGUAGCAAAGGAGGGGUCCAAGUCCCAGGGGUGGACGUUUUGUCUUCUCUUGGGGGUGGGGCAGCAGAGUGGCAGGACCCAGCUCUUGAGAGUGGCAAUAAUGGGAAAAUUAAAUUUCCCUCCAUGAAGCUGCCAAAAUUUGGUGUCUCAACAGGGCUUGAGGGUCAGGCCCCAGAGGCAGGGUUGAGUGUUUCUGCCCCUGAAUUCUCUGGGGGGCACAAGGGUGGCAAGCCAGGCUUGACCAUUGGCGGGGACAUCCAGACCCCUCAGCUAGAAGUCAGUGGUCCCUCUGCCAGUAUUAAGGGGCUUGAGGGGAAGCUGAAGGGCCCCCAAAUCACUGGGCCAUCCCUUGAGGGUGACCUGGGCCUGAAGGGUACCAAGCCACAGGGGAGUUCAAGGGUGGACAUCUCCGUGCCCAGAAUCGAGGGCAGCAUCGCUGGCUCCAGGGUGGAAGUUCAAACUCCUAACGUUGAUAUUCAUGGGCCAGGGGGCAAACUGAAUAUGCCCAAGGUGAAGGCCCCCAAAUUCUCUGUAUCAGGUUCUAAGGGAGAGGGAGCUGGCAUUGAUGUGACACUUCCUGGGGUCUCUGGGGAUGUUGGCCUGCCUGAGGUUGCUUCUGGGGGGCUGGAAGGGAAGAUGAAAGGUCCUAAAAUCAAGACUCCUGAAACGGUUGUUCAGACACCUAAAAUCUCCAUGCAGGAUGUGGAUCUGAGCCUCAGGUCCCCUAAACUGAAAGGAGACAUUAAGGUUUCCGCUCCUGGGGUUCAAGGUGAUGUUAAAGGCCCUCAAGUGGCAGUUAAAGGCGCCAAAGUGGACAUAGAGACACCCAGCCUAGGGGGGACCGUGACUGACCCCAAGUUUAGUGGUACUUCUGGGAAAGAAGGAACCUGCAAGAUCUCUGUGGCAGACGUAGACUUAAAUGUGGCUGCACCAAAGGUGAAAGGGGGUGUGGAUGUCAUGCUUCCAAAAGUAGAGGGGAAAGUCAGUGUCCCUGAAGUUGAUGUCAGAGGCCCCAGAGUGGAUGUCAGUGCCCCAGAUGUGGACGUUCAUGGUCCGGACUGGAACCUGAAAAUGCCCAAGAUGAAAAUGCCCAAGUUCAGCACUCCAGGAGUCAGAGGGGAAGGGCCAGAUGUAGAUGUGAAUCUUCCCAAAGGUGAUGUCAGUAUUUCAGGGCCCAAGGUCAGUGUGGAAGCCCCAAAUGUCAACAUAGGGGGCCUGGUGGGCAACCUUAAAGACCCUGAUGUUCAGCUGCCUGAAGUGAGUGUCAAGACACCAAAGAUCACCAUGCCUGAUGUAGAUUUGCACGUGAAAGGCCCAGAGGUAAAAGGGGAGUAUGAUGUAACAACAACAAAACUUGAAGGAGAGCUGAAAGGCCCCAAAGUGGACAUUGAUGCCCCUGAUGUGGACGUUCAUGGCCCAGACUGGCACCUGAAGAUGCCCAAGAUGAAAAUGCCCAAAUUCACUGUGCCAGGGUUCAAAGCAGAGGGCCCCGAAGCGCAUGUAAACCUGCCUGCGCCUGAUGUGGACAUUUCUGGGCCCAAGGUAGAUGUCUGUGCUCCAGAUGUGAGUAUUGAGGGACCAGAGGGGAAAUUGAAAGGACCCAAGUUUAAGAUGCCUGAGAUGAAUAUCAAAGCCCCAAAGAUCUCCAUACCAGAUGUGGACUUACAUUUGAAAGGCCCUAGUGUAAAAGGAGAAUAUGAUGUCACAGUGCCGAAGGUUGAAGGUGAGAUUAAAGUUCCUGAUGUUGAACUUAAAAGUGCCAAACUGGACAUUGAUGCUCCAGAUGUGGACACUCACGGCCCAGACUGGCACCUGAAGAUGCCCAAAAUGAAAAUGCCCAAGUUCAGCAUGCCCGGCCUCAAAGCAGAGGGCCCAGAAGUGGAUGUGAACCUGCCCAAGACUGACAUUGACGUCGCUGGACCUAAGGUGGAUGUUGAACUUCCAGAUGUGAAUAUUGAAGGACCUGAAGGAAAGCUGAAGGGUCCCAAGUUUAAGAUGCCUGAGGUGAAUAUCAAGGCCCCCAAGAUCUCCAUGCCUGAUGUAGAUUUGCAUAUGAAAGGUCCCAAGGUAAAGGGGGAAUAUGAUGUUACAGUGCCAAAGCUGGAAGGGGACCUGAAGGGGCCAAAGGUAGACGUCAGUGCCCCAGAUGUUGCAGUUCACAGUCCUGAUUGGAACCUAAAGAUGCCAAAGAUGAAAAUGCCCAGAUUCACCAGGCCCAGCCUUAAAGGAGAGGGCCCAGAAUUGGAUGUGAACCUGCCCAAGGCUGAUGUCGACAUUUCUGCACACAAGGUAGAUAUUAGUGCUCCAGAUCUGAGCCUUGAAGGACCAGAAGGGAAGUUGAAAGGCCCUAAGUUUAAGAUGCCUGAGAUGCACUUCAAAGCUCCCAAGAUGACCCUGCCAGAUGUUGACAUGGAUCUUAAAGGACCCAAAAUGAAAGGGAAUCUAGAUGUGUCUGCACCAAAAAUAGAAGGUGAGAUGAAAGCUCCACAUGUGGACAUCAAAGGCCCCAAAGUAGAUGUUAAAGCACCAGAUGUGGAAGUUCAGGAUGCAGACUGGAGUCUGAAAAUGCCCAAGAUGAAAAUGCCUAAAUUCAGCAUGCCAAGCUUCAAAGGCGAGGGCCCAGAUGUGGACGUGAACCAGCCCAAAGCUGACAUUGAUGUCUCCGGACCCAAGGUGGACAUUGAAGCCCCAGAUGUGAGCCUUGAGGGGCCAGAAGGAAAGCUUAAGGGUCCCAAGUUUAAGAUGCCUGAGAUGCACUUCAGGGCCCCCAAGAUCUCCAUGCCUGAUGUGGACUUACACUUGAAGGGCCCCAAAGUCAAAGGGGAUGUGGAUGUGUCUGUGCCCAAGAUAGAAGGUGAAAUGAAAGUGCCAGAUGUGGACAUCGAAGGCCCCAAAGUGGAUGUUGAUGUCCCAGAUGUGGACGUUCAAGGCCCCGGAUGGCAGCUGAAGAUGCCCAAGAUGAAAAUGCCCAAGUUCAGCGUGCCCAGCUUCAAAGGAGAGGGCCCUGAAGUGGACGUGAACCUGCCCAAGGCUGACAUUGAUGUCUCAGGACCCAAGGUGGACAUUGAAGCCCCAGAUGUGAGCCUUGAGGGUCCAGAAGGGAAGCUCAAGGGUCCCAAGUUUAAGAUGCCUGAGAUGCACUUCAAGGCCCCCAAGAUCUCCAUGCCUGAUGUGGACUUACACUUGAAAGGCCCUAAAGUCAAAGGGGAUGUGGAUGUGUCUGUGCCCAAGAUAGAAGGUGAAAUGAAAGUGCCAGAUGUGGACAUCAAAGGCCCCAGAGUGGAUGUUGAUGUCCCAGAUGUGGACGUUCAAGGCCCCGACUGGCACCUGAAGAUGCCUAAGAUGAAAAUGCCCAAGUUCAGCAUGCCUGGCUUCAGAGGAGAGGGCCCUGAAGUGGACGUGAACCUGCCCAAGGCUGACAUUGAUGUCUCAGGACCCAAGGUGGACAUUGAAGCCCCAGAUGUGAGCCUUGAGGGGCCAGAAGGGAAGCUCAAGGGUCCCAAGUUUAAGAUGCCUGAGAUGCACUUCAAGGCCCCCAAGAUCUCCACGCCUGAUGUGGACUUACACUUGAAAGGCCCUAAAGUCAAAGGGGAUGUGGAUGUGUCUGUGCCCAAGAUAGAAGGUGAAAUGAAAGUGCCAGGUGUGGACAUCAAAGGCCCCAGAGUGGAUGUUGAUGUCCCAGAUGUGGACGUUCAAGGCCCCGACUGGCACCUGAAGAUGCCUAAGAUGAAAAUGCCCAAGUUCAGCAUGCCUGGCUUCAGAGGAGAGGGCUCUGAAGUGGACGUGAACCUGCCCAAGGCUGACAUUGACGUCUCAGGACCCAAGGUGGACAUUGAAACCCCAGAUGUGAGCCUUGAGGGGCCAGAAGGGAAGCUCAAGGGUCCCAAGUUUAAGAUGCCUGAGAUGCACUUCAAGGCCCCCAAGAUCUCCACGCCUGAUGUGGAUUUACACUUGAAAGGCCCCAGAGUCAAAGGGGAUGUGGAUGUGUCUGUGCCCAAGAUAGAAGGUGAAAUGAAAGUGCCAGGUGUGGACAUCAAAGGCCCCAAAGUGGAUGUUGAUGUACCAGAUGUGGAUGUUCAAGGCCCCGACUGGCACCUGAAGAUGCCCAAGAUGAAAAUGCCCAAGUUCAGCAUGCCUGGCUUCAGAGGAGAGGGCUCUGAAGUGGAUGUGAACCUGCCCAAGGCUGACAUUGACAUCUCAGAACCCAAGGUGGACAUUGGAGCCCCAGAUGUGAGCCUUGAAGGUCCAGAAGGGAAGCUCAAGGGUCCUAAGUUUAAGAUGCCUGAGAUGCACUUCAAGCCUCCGAAGAUCUCCAUGCCUGACAUUGAUUUAAACCUCAAGAGCCCCAAGGUGAAAGGUGAUGUGGAUGUUUCUCUGCCCAAAGUUGAAGGGGGUCUGAAAGGGCCAGAGGUUGACAUCAAAGGUCCCAAAGUAGACAUUGAUGUCCCCGACGUGGAUGUUCAUGGCCCAGACUGGCACCUGAAGAUGCCCAAGAUAAAAAUGCCCAAGAUCAGCAUGCCCGGCUUCAAAGGAGAGGGCCCUGAAGUGGAUGUGAACCUGCCUAAAGCUGACAUUGACGUCUCAGGACCCAAGGUGGAUGUUGAAGUUCCAAAUGUGAAUAUUGAAGGUCCAGAUGCAAAACUAAAAGGUCCUAAAUUUAAGUUGCCAGAAAUGAAUAUAAAGCCUCAGAAGAUAUCCAUGCCUGAUGUUAGUCUGCAUUUGAAAGGCCAUAAAGUGAAAGGAGAUUAUGAUGUUACGGUUCCAAAAGUAGAAGGAGAGAUUAAAGCUCCUGACGUUGACAUCGAAGGUCCAAAAGUUGACAUUAAUGCACCAGAUGUGGGAGUUCAUGGUCCAGACUGGCACCUGAAGAUGCCCAAGAUAAAAAUGCCCAAGAUCAGCAUGCCUGGCUUCAAAGGAGAGGGCCCAGAAGUGGAUGUGAACCUGCCCAAGGCUGACAUUGACGUCUCAGGACCCAAGGUGGACAUUGAUGUUCCAGAUGUGAAUAUUGAAGGUCCAGAGGGGAAACUAAAGGGUCCCAAGUUCAAGAUGCCAAGCAUGCAUAUACAAACACACAAAAUCUCUAUGCCUGAUGUUGGACUUAAUCUGAAAACCCCUAAACUGAAAACUGAUGUAGAUGUUUCUCUUCCCAAAGUGGAAGGAGACUUGAAAGGUCCUGGAAUUGACAUAAAAGCCCCUAAAAUGGAUGUGGAUGUUGGUGAUAUAGAUGUUGAAUGUCCAGAAGGAAAGCUUAAGGGUCCCAAGUUUAAGAUGCCUGAGAUGCACUUCAAAGCCCCCAAGAUCUCCAUGCCUGAUGUGGACUUAAACUUGAAAGGCCCCAAAGUCAAGGGGGAUGUGGAUGUGUCUGUGCCCAAGAUAGAAGGUGAAAUGAAGGUGCCAGAUGUUGAAGUCAGAGGACCCAAAGUAGACAUUGAUGUCCCAGAUGUGGACGUUCAAGGCCCUGACUGGCAUCUGAAGAUGCCCAAGAUGAAAAUGCCCAAGUUCAGCAUGCCUGGCUUCAAAGGAGAGGGCCCUGAUGUAGAUGUGAACCUACCAAAGGCUGACAUUAAUGUUUCUGGCCCCAAAGUGGACAUUGAUACUCCUGAUUUGGAUAUUGAGGGACCAGAAGGAAAAUUAAAAGGUUCUAAAUUUAAGAUGCCUAAGUUGAAUAUCAAAGCUCCCAAGAUAUCCAUGCCAGAUGUGGACUUGAAUUUGAAGGGACCCAAACUGAAAGGAGAGAUGGAUGCUUCUGUGCCAGAACUAGAAAGUGAUCUCAGAGGUCCACAAGUUGAUAUCAAAGGUCCUAGUGUGGAUGUGGAGGUGCCUGACGUUGAUCUGGAAUGUCCUGAUACGAAGUUGAAAGGCCCUAAGUUUAAGAUGCCAGACAUGCACUUCAAAGCCCCCAAGAUUUCCAGGCCUGAUGUAGACUUACACUUGAAAGGCCCCAAAGUCAAAGGGGAUGUGGAUGUGUCUGUGCCCAAGAUAGAAGGCGAAAUGAAAGUGCCAGAUGUGGACAUCAAAGGUGCCAAAGUGGACGUUGAUGUCCCAGAUGUGGACGUCCAGGGCCCCGACUGGCACCUGAAGAUGCCCAAGAUGAAAAUGCCUAAAUUCAGCAUGCCAAGCUUCAAAGGCCAAGGCCCAGAUGUGGACGUGAACCUGCCCAAGGCUGACAUUGAUGUCUCAGGACCCAAAGUGGACAUUGAAACCCCAGAUGUGAGCCUGGAGGGGCCAGAAGGAAAGCUUAAGGGUCCCAAGUUUAAGAUGCCUGAGAUGCACUUCAAGGCCCCCAAGAUCUCCAUGCCUGAUGUGGACUUACACUUGAAAGGCCCCAAAGUCAAAGGGGAUGUGGAUGUGUCUGUGCCCAAGAUAGAAGGUGAAAUGAAAGUGCCAGAUGUGGACAUCAAAGGCCCCAAAGUGGACGUUGAUGUCCCAGAUGUGGAUGUUCAAGGCCCUGACUGGCACCUGAAGAUGCCCAAGAUGAAAAUGCCCAAGUUCAGCAUGCCUGGCUUCAGAGGAGAGGGCUCUGAAGUGGAUGUGAACCUGCCCAAGGCUGACAUUGACAUCUCAGGACCCAAGGUGGACAUUGAAGGCCCUGAUGUUAAUAUUGAAGGACCAGAGGGAAAGUUGAAAGGUCCUAAGUUCAAGAUGCCAGAGAUGAACAUCAAAGCCCCCAAGAUCUCCAUGCCUGACUUUGAUUUACACCUGAAAGGUCCUAAGGUGAAAGGAGAUCUGGAUGUUUCUCUGCCUAAGGUGGAAGGUGACCUAAAGGCCCCUGAAGUUGACAUCAAAGGCCCCAAAGUGGACAUUGAUGUUCCAGAUGUGGACGUUCACGGCCCAGACUGGCACCUGAAGAUGCCCAAGAUAAAAAUGCCCAAGAUCAGCAUGCCUGGCUUCAAAGGAGAGGGCCCAGAAGUGGAUGUGAACCUGCCCAAGGCCGACAUUGAUGUGUCAGGACCCAAAGUGGACAUUGAAGGCCCUGAUGUUAACAUUGAAGGGCCAGAAGAAAAGUGGAAAAGUCCAAAGUUUAAAAUGCCUGAAAUGCAUUUUAAGACUCCAAAGAUACCCAUGCCAGAUAUUGAUCUUAAUCUAACAGGUCCAAAGAUGAAAGGAGAUGUGGAUAUCACAUGCCCCAAGGUAGAGGGAGAUUUUAAAGUACCUGAAGUUGACCUCAGAGGCCCCAAAGUGGACAUUGAUGUCCCUGAUGUGGAUGUUCAAGGCCCAGACUGGCACCUAAAGAUGCCUAAGAUGAAAAUGCCCAAGUUCAGCAUGCCUGGAUUCAAAGGAGAGGGCCCAGAAGUGGAUGUGAACCUGCCCAAGGCCGACAUUGAUGUGUCAGGACCCAAAGCGGACAUUGAAGGCCCUGAUGUUAACAUUGAAGGGCCAGAAGGAAAGUUGAAAGGUCCUAAGUUCAAGAUGCCUGAGAUGAACAUCAAAGCUCCCAAGAUCUCCAUGCCUGACUUUGAUUUACACCUGAAAGGUCCUAAGUUGAAAGGAGUUGUAGAUGUUUCUGUGCCUCAGGUGGAAGGUGACCUAAAGGCCCCUGAAGUUGACAUCAAAGGCCCCAAAGUGGACAUUGAUGUCCCUGAUGUGGACGUUCAGGGCCCAGACUGGCACCUGAAGAUGCCUAAGAUGAAAAUGCCCAAGUUCAGCAUGCCUGGAUUCAAAGGAGAGGGCCCAGAAGUGGAUGUGAACCUGCCCAAGGCCGACAUUGAUGUGUCAGGACCCAAAGCGGACAUUGAAGGCCCUGAUGUUAACAUUGAAGGGCCAGAAGGAAAGUUGAAAGGUCCUAAGUUCAAGAUGCCUGAGAUGAACAUCAAAGCUCCCAAGAUCUCCAUGCCUGACUUUGAUUUACACCUGAAAGGUCCUAAGUUGAAAGGAGAUGUAGAUGUUUCUGUGCCUCAGGUGGAAGGUGACCUAAAGGCCCCUGAAGUUGACAUCAAAGGCCCCAAAGUGGACAUUGAUGUCCCUGAUGUGGACGUUCAUGGCCCAGACUGGCAUCUGAAGAUGCCUAAGAUGAAAAUGCCCAAGUUCAGCAUGCCCAGCUUCAAAGGAGAGGGCCCAGAAGUGGAUGUGAACCUGCCCAAAGCUGACAUUGAUGUGUCAGGACCCAAGGUGGACAUUGAAGGCCCUGAUGUUAACAUUGAAGGACCAGAGGGAAAGUUGAAAGGUCCUAAGUUCAAGAUGCCAGAGAUGAACAUCAAAGCCCCCAAGAUCUCCAUGCCUGACCUUGAUCUUAAUCUGAAGGGCCCCAAAGUGAAGGGUGAUGUGGAUGUGUCUUUACCAAAAGUGGAAGGUGAGCUUAAAGUUCCUGAAGUUGACAUGAAAGGCCCCAAAGUGGACAUUGAUGCUCCAGAUGUGGACGUUCAUGGCCCAGACUGGCACCUGAAGAUGCCCAAGAUAAAAAUGCCCAAGAUCAGCAUGCCUGGCUUCAGAGGAGAGGGCCCAGAAGUGGAUGUGAACCUGCCCAAGGCUGACAUAGACGUCUCAGGACCCAAGGUGGACAUUGAUGUUCCAGAUGUGAAUAUUGAAGGUCCAGAUGCGAAACUGAAGGGUCCCAAGUUCAAGAUGCCAGAGAUGAAUAUCAGAGGUCCUAAGAUAUCAAUGCCAGAUUUGGACCUUAAUCUUAAAGGCCCUAAAAUGAAAGGAGAGGUGGAUAUUUCACUUCCAAAUGUAGAAGGUGAUUUGAAAGGGCCUUCUCUUGACAUCAAAGGCCCGAAGUUAGAUGUAGAUGUGCCAGAUAUUGAUAUUCAUGGCCCAGACGGCAAAUUAAAAGGUCCAAAGCUGAAGAUGCCUGAUAUGCAUGCAAACAUGCCCAAGAUCUCCAUGCCAGAAAUUGACCUGAAUUUGAAAGGCUCAAAACUUAAGGGAGAUGUUGAUGUUUCUGGACCCAAAUUGGAAGGUGACAUUAAAGCUCCCAAGUUAGAUAUAAAGGGCCCAGAAGUGGACAUUUCUGGUCCUAAGCUCAAUAUUGAAGGCAAGUCAAAGAAAUCUCGUUUUAAGCUUCCCAAAUUUAAUUUUUCAGGCUCCAAAGUUCAGACACCUGAGGUAGAUGUCAAAGUCAAAAAGCCAGAUAUUGAUGUAACAGGUCCAAAAGUUGACAUUAAUGCUCCCGAUAUUGAGGUCCAAGGAAAAGUGAAAGGACCCAAGUUCAAAAUGCCUUUUCUGAGUAUUUCGUCUCCUAAAGUGUCUAUGCCUGAUGUGGAGUUAAAUCUGAAAGGUCCUAAAGUCAAAGGAGACUUAGAUGUUGCAGGUCCUAAUUUAGAAGGUGAUUUUAAAGGACCCAAAGUGGACAUUAAGGCACCAGAAGUUCAUCUUGAUGCACCUGAUGUGGAUGUUCAUGGUCCAGACUGGAAUUUGAAAAUGCCCAAGAUGAAAAUGCCCAAGUUCAGUGUGCCCGGCUUAAAAGCAGAAGGGCCAGAUAUGGCUGUGGAUCUGCCAAAAGGAGAUAUCAACAUAGAGGGUCCCAGAAUGGACAUUGAGGGCCCAGAAAUCAAUGUGGGAGGUCUAGAGGGAGGCUUAAAAGGUCCCAAAUUCAAGAUGCCUGAUAUGAAUAUCAAAGCUCCCAAGGUCUCCAUGCCUGAUGUGGACUUACACUUGAAAGGCCCCAAAGUCAAAGGGGAUGUGGAUGUGUCUGUGCCCAAGAUAGAAGGUGAAAUGAACGUGCCAGGUGUGGACAUCAAAGGGCCCAAAGUGGACGUUGAUGUCCCAGAUGUGGAUGUUCAAGGCCCUGACUGGCAGCUGAAGAUGCCCAAGGUGAAAAUGCCCAAGUUCAGCAUGCCUGGCUUCAAAGGAGAGGGCCCCGAAGUGGACGUGAACCUGCCCAAAGCUGACAUUGGUAUUUCUGGCCCCAAAGUGGACAUUGAUGCCCCAGAUGUGAAUAUUGAAGGUCCAGAUGCGAAACUGAAGGGCCCCAAAUUCAAGAUGCCAGAGAUGAAUAUCAAAGCUCCCAAAAUCUCCAUGCCUGACAUUGACUUUAACCUGAAGAGCCCCAAACUAAAGGGUGAUAUGGAUGUGUCUUUGCCAAAAGUGGAAGGUGACCUCAAGGCCCCUGAGGUGGACAUCAAGGGCCCCAAAGUGGACAUUGAAACUCCUGAUAUUAACAUUGAAGGCCCAGAGGGGAAAUUGAAGGGGCCCAAAUUCAAGAUGCCAGAGAUGCACCUGAAGGCGCCCAAGAUCUCCAUGCCUAACAUUGAUUUAAACGUGAAGGGGCCCAAGGUGAAGGGUGAUAUAGAUGUUUCCCUUCCAAAGACUGAAGGAGAUCUGAAAGGCCCUGAGAUCAACAUCAAAGGUCCCAAAGUGGACACUGAUGCUCCAGAUGUGGAUAUUCAAGGUCCAGACUGGCACCUGAAGAUGCCCAAGAUAAAAAUGCCCAAGAUCAGCAUGCCCGGCUUCAAAGGAGAGGGCCCAGAAGUGGAUGUGAACCUUCCCAAGACCAACAUUGAUGUGUCAGGACCCAAGGUGGACAUUGAAGGCCCUGAUGUUAACGUUGAAGGACCUGAGGGAAAAUUGAAAGGUCCUAAGUUCAAGAUGCCAGAGAUGAACAUCAAAGCCCCCAAGAUCUCCAUGCCUGACGUUGAUUUGCACCUGAAAGGUCCUAAGGUGAGAGGAGAUCUGGAUGUUUCUCUGCCUAAGGUGGAAGGUGACGUAAACGCCCCUGACGUUGACCUCAAAGGCCCCAAAGUGGAUAUUGAUGUCCCAGAUGUGGACGUGCAUGGCCCAGACUGGCACCUGAAGAUGCCCAAGAUAAAAAUGCCCAAGAUAAGCAUGCCUGGCUUCAAAGGAGAGGGCCCAGAAGUGGAUGUGAACCUGCCCAAGGCUGACGUUGAUGUCUCAGGACCCGAGGUGGACGUUAGUAUGCCAGAUGUGGAUAUUGAAGGUCCAGAUGUGAAACUGAAGGGCCCCAAGUUCAAGAUGCCUGAGAUGAACAUCAAAGCCCCCAAGAUCUCCAUGCCUGACUUUGAUUUGCACCUGAAAGGUCCUAAGGUGAAAGGAGAUGUGGAUGUUUCUCUGCCUAGGGUGGAAGGUGACCUAAAGGCCCCUGAAGUUGACAUCAGAGGUCCCAAAGUGGACAUUGAUGCUCCAGAUGUGGACGUGCAUGGCCCAGACUGGCACCUGAAGAUGCCCAAGAUAAAAAUGCCCAAGAUCAGCAUGCCCAGCUUCAAGGGAGAAGGCCCAGAAGUGGAUGUGAACCUGCCCAAGGCCGACAUUGAUGUCUCAGGACCCAAGGUGGACAUAGACACUCCUGACAUUGAUGUUCAUGGUCCAGAAGGGAAACUGAAGGGCCCCAAGUUUAAAAUGCCUGACCUGCACCUCAAGGCACCCAAGAUCUCCAUGCCUGAAGUUGACCUGAAUCUGAAGGGCCCCAAGGUCAAGGGUGAUGUGGAUGUUACUCUGCCCAAAGUUGAAGGUGACCUCAGGGGCCCUGAAGUUGACGUCAAGGGCCCCAAAGUGGACAUUGAUGUCCCAGGUGUGGACGUUCAUGGCCCAGACUGGCAUCUGAAGAUGCCUAAGGUGAAAAUGCCCAAGUUCAGCAUGCCUGGCUUCAAAGGAGAGGGCCCCGAAGUGGACAUGAACCUGCCUAAGGCUGACAUUGACGUCUCAGGACCCAAGGUGGAUGUUGAUGUUCCAGAUGUAAAUAUUGAAGGUCCAGAUGCGAAACUGAAGGGCCCUAAAUUCAAGAUGCCAGAGGUGAACAUAAAAGCCCCUAAAAUCUCCAUGCCUGACCUUGACUUUAACCUGAAGGGCCCCAGAAUGAAGGGUGAUGUUGAUAUCUCUCUGCCCAAAGUUGAGGGUGAUCUCAAGGCCCCUGAGGUGGACAUCAAGAGCCCCAAACUGGACAUUGACACUCCUGAUAUCAAUAUUGAAGGUCCAGAUGGAAAACUGAAGGGGCCUAAAUUUAAGAUGCCAGAGAUGAACAUUAAAGCCCCCAAGAUCUCCAUGCCUGACUUUGACUUAAAUCUGAAAGGGCCAAAGGUAAAGGGGGAUGUGGACUUUUCACUGCCUAAGGUAGAAGGCGAUCUGAAAGGGCCAGAGGUGGACAUUGAAGGUCCUGAAGGGAAACUCAAAGGACCCAAAUUUAAGAUGCCUGAUGUCCAUUUUAAAACCCCACAAAUCUCCAUGAGUGACAUUGAUUUGAACUUGAAAGGACCUAAGAUAAAAGGAGAUUUGGACACUUCCAUCCCUAAACUGGAAGGAGAUCUGAAAGGCCCGAAAAUAGAUGUUAAAGGCCCUAAGUUGGACAUAGACACUCCUGAUUUUGACAUUAAUGGUCCAGAAGGGAAACUGAAGGGCCCCAAGUUUAAAAUGCCUGACCUGCAUCUCAAGGCACCCAGGAUCAGUGUGCCUGGCUUCAAAGGAGAGGGCCCUGAAGUGGAUGUGACCCUGCCCAAGGCUGACAUUGACGUCUCAGGACCCAAGGUGGACAUUGAUGUUCCAGAUGUGAAUAUUGAAGGUCCAGAUGCGAAACUGAAGGGCCCCAAGUUCAAGAUGCCAGAGGUGAACAUCAAAGCUCCUAAGAUCUCCAUGCCUGGCGUUGACUUAAACCUGAAAGGACCCAAAGUAAAGGGAGAUGUGGAUGUUUCUCUGCCUAAGAUGGAAGGUGACCUCAAGGGCCCUGAAGUUGAUGUCAAGGGCCCCAAAGUGGACAUUGAUGUCCCAGAUGUGGACGUGCAUGGCCCAGACUGGCACCUGAAGAUGCCUAAGGUGAAAAUGCCCAAGUUCAGCAUGCCUGGCUUCAAAGGAGAGGGCCCCGAAGUGGAUGUGAACCUGCCUAAAGCUGACAUUGACGUCUCAGGACCCAAGGUGGACGUUGAUGUUCCAGAUGUGAAUAUUGAAGGUCCAGAUGCGAAACUGAAAGGCCCCAAGUUCAAGAUGCCGGAGAUAAAUAUCAAAGCUCCCAAAAUCUCCAUGCCUGAUGUCGACCUGGAUUUGAAAGGAUCCACAGGCAAAGGAGAUUUCGAUGUGUCUGUCCCUAAGAUUGAAGGGACUUUCAAAGGCCCAGAAGUAGACCUUAAAGGUCCAGGUCUGGAUUUUGAAGGCCCUGAUGCCAAACUCAGUGGCCCACAUUUGAAGAUGCCAUCACUGGAUAUAUCUGCCCCUAAAGUAACUGCUCCUGAUAUUGAUUUGCAUCUCAAGGCACCCAAAAUUGGAGUUUCUGGUCCCAAAUUAGAAGGCGGUGAACUGGACCUCAAGGGACCCAAAGUUGAUUUAGAAGCUCCAAGCUUAGAUGUACACGUGGAGAGCCCAGAUAUUAACACUGAGGGGCCAGAUGUGAAAAUUCCCAAAUUUAAGAAACCCAAGUUUGGGUUUGGGGCAAAAAGCCCCAAAGCUGACUUCAAAUCACCUUCGCUUGAUGUGACAGUUCCUGAGGCAGAGCUGAAUGUUGAGGCUCCUGAAAUUAGUGUUGGUGGCAAGGGCAAGAAAAGUAAGUUUAAAAUGCCUAAAAUUCACAUGAGUGGUCCUAAAAUUAAGGCCAAAAAACAAGGAUUUGAUUUGAAUGCUCCUGGGGGUGAGAUUGAUGCCAGUCUCAAGUCUCCUGAUGCAGAUGUCAACGUUGCAGGGCCGGAUGCCUCACUUAAAGUCGACAUGAAAUCUCCCAAGACCAAGAAACCUAUGUUUGGAAAAAUGUACUUUCCAGAUGUAGAAUUUGACAUUAAAUCACCUAAAUUUAAAGCUGAAGCUUCCCUCCCUGGCCCCAAAAUGGGGGGUGAAAUCCAGGCACCUGACCUGGAUAUUUCCUCACCAGGGAUUAAUGUGGAAGGUCCUGACAUCAAGCUGAAGGCUCCCAAGUUCAAGGUGCCAGGUGUGGAUGUGUCAGGGCCAAAAAUAGAGGGCGACUUGAAAGGCCCCAGGGUGCAAGCAAACUUGGAUGCAUCUGACAUCAACAUUGAAGGCCCAGAUGCUAAAGUCAAAGCACCGUCAUUCAGCAUUUCUGCCCCUCAAGUCUCCAUCCCUGAUGUGAAUGUUAACUUGAAAGGACCAAAGAUAAAGGGUGAUGUCCCCAGUGUGGGACUGGAAGGACCAGAUGUAGAUCUGCAAGGUCCAGCAUCGAAAAUUAAGUUCCCCAAGUUUUCAGUGCCCAAGAUCGGCGUCCCUGGUGUGAAGAUGGAGGGUGGGGGAGCUGAGGUCCAGCUGCCCUCUCUAGAAGGAGGCUUGAGCGCACCGGAUGUUAAGCUUGAAGGGCCCGAUGUGUCUCUGAAAGGGCCAAAAGUAGACUUGCCUUCAGUGAACCUCUCUGCGCCGAAAGUCUCUGGACCUGACCUUGACCUGAACUUGAAAGGACCAAGUUUGAAGGGAGGCCUGGAUGUAUCUGUUCCCAGCAUGAAGGUGCAUGCUCCCGGGCUUGACCUCAGAGGUGUCGGUGGAAAGGUGAAGGUGGAAGGUGAUGGUGUGAAAGUGCCUGGAAUCGAUGCCACAGCAAUGCUUGACGUCGGUGCGCCGGAUGUGACCCUGAAGGGACCAAGCCUGCAGGGAGACCUGGCUGUCUCUGGUGACAUCAAGUGUCCUGAAGUAUCAGUAGGUGCUCCUGAUCUAAGCUUGGAGGCACCUGAAGGUGGUAUCAAACUUCCUAAGAUGAAGCUGCCCCAGUUUGGCAUCUCCGCUCCAGGGUCCGACUUGGACAUCAGCGUCAAGGGGCCACAAGUUGCUGGAGAACUAAAGGGGCCCGGCAUAGAUUUGAACCUCAGAGGCCUGAACCUGAAAGGGCCUCAGAUCUCUGGCCCUCAAAUCUCAGCACCAGAUGUGGACUUGAACUUGGAAGGACCAAAAGUAAAAGGCAGCCUCGGGGCCAGUGGUGAGAUGAAAGGCCCCACGGUUGGAGGAGGUCUUCCGGGCAUCAGUGUUCAAGGCCUAGAAGGAAACCUCCAAAUGCCUGGAAUUAAGUCAUCCAGAUGUGAGGUGGAGCUGCCAGGUGUGAAUGUGAAACUCCCAACCGGGCAAAUUUCUGGUCCUGAAAUCAAAGGUGAUCUGAAAGGUUCAGGAAUGGGUUUCCACGGGGCCUUUCCUGACAUUGGCAUGAAAGGGCCUUCAUUUAACGUGGCAUCUCCUGAGUCAGAUUUAGGUGUCAGCUUGAAGGGCCCGAAAAUCAAAGGAGGCAUGGACGUUUCAGGGGGUGUCAGUGCCCCAGAUAUCAGCCUGGGCGAGGGGCAUGUGAGCGUCAAAGGUUCCGGGGUAGAGUGGAAAGGACCCCAGGUCUCCUCUGCUCUCAACUUGGAUGCACCUAAGUUUGCCGGAGGACUUCAUUUCUCAGGACCAAAGAUAGAAGGAGGUGUCAAAGGAGGCCAGACUGGACUUCAGGGUCCUGGGCUGAGCGUGUCUGGGCCUCAGGGUCACUUGGAAAGCGGAUCUGGAAAAGUAACAUUCCCCAAGAUGAAGAUCCCCAAGUUCACCUUCUCUGGCCGUGAGCUGGUUGGCAGAGAAGUAGGGGUGGAUAUUAACUUCCCUAAAGCGGAGGCCAGUGUCCAGUCUGGUGCCGGAGAGGGCGAGUGGGAAGAGUCUGAUGUAAAACUUAAAAAGUCCAAAAUCAAAAUGCCCAAGUUCAGCUUUUCCAAACCUAAAGGGAAAGCUGGUGUCACCGGCUCACCGGAAGCAUCCGUUUCAGUGUCCAAAGGUGACCUGAAGAGCUCCAAGGCCAGCCUAGGCUCUCUGGAAGGAGAGGCAGAAGUCGAAACAUCUUCGCCCAAAGGCAAAUUCUCCUUAUUCAAAAGCAAGAAGCCACAGCACCGCUCAAAUUCCUUCAGUGAAGAAAGGGAGCCCUCUGCAUCUUCUACCCCUCCGGGAACUUUGGAGUUCGAAGGUGGGGAAGUGUUGCUGGAAGGCGGGAAAGUCAAAGGGAAACAUGGGAAGCUGAAAUUUGGUACCUUUGGUGGAUUGGGGUCAAAGAGCAAAGGUCAUUAUGAGGUGACUGGGAGUGAUGAUGAGGCAGGCAAGUUACAGGGGAGUGGAGUGUCCUUGGCCUCUAAGAAGUCCCGACUGUCAUCUUCUUCUAGCAGUGACAGUGGGACUAAGGUUGGCAUCCAGCUUCCCGAGGUGGAGCUGGCAGUUUCCACAAAGAAAGAGUAGCAGGUUUCCGUGUGUGUGUGUGUGUGUGUGUGUGUGUACAUAUAUGUAUAAAAAUACAUCAGCCUUGGGUGUGUUUGUAUAUAAACUCCAAAGAGAAACACGCCAACAGCCUCAGCAAUAACGCAAACAUCUGGCCUCUGGCAGGGGCAAGCGCUGAAAAGCCAACCGCCUUUAGGCGCCUCCUGGAGCUUUACGGAUAGGUAAAGAGUUCUAAGUUCUUCGUCCAGCCCGUGUGCAGAGUCAACAGUAUUUGCCUUAAGAUUUCUGUUUUUUUUUUUUUUUUUUUUGCAUCGAACGCUGAGAGCUCCUGUUUACUAAGCAAGCUUUUGUGUUUAUUAUCCUCAUUUUUACUGAACAUUGUUAGUGUUGGGGUCAUGGAAACCCACUUUUUCAUUGUAAUGACUUUUGGGGCUUAUGUUAGUAAGGGUGGGGGGUGGAGAAGGCAGUAGAGGGGGGCCAGACCUUCAUUUCUCCUACCGUCGGAUCUACUCAAACAGGAAACACCCAAAGAUGGCUGCGAGGAGCCGCCAGGCAGGGCGUGUGGGUGUUUCUAGAACUCUUUAGCGUUGCUUUUUCUUCCCCAGGGGUGGCGGUCCCAGCCCGUUUGGUGCUCACAGGUGAGAGGGAAUUUAGAAUCUGUUUGCAAAUUAGCCAACCCACCAACUCAACACGAGGGCCUUCCAUUCUGUGUGUUGUAAGAGAAAUGUUUUCUUUGUGAUCGCCACGUUCCUGAUAUUAAUUCUGAUUUCUUUUAACCAAUGUUAUCGUGAUUAAGAAAAUUUCCAGCACUUUAAUGGCAAAUUAAUUGAGAAUGUAAGAAAAUUGAUGCUGUCAAGGGCAAAUAAAGCUGUUUAUUAACCCGGA